AAAUUAAGAAAUCCCAAAUUUAACAAGCAAAGCAGAAAUACACGGAAUGGCAAAGGAAAGGCUAUUAAUAUCAUAUGAUCCUUGUUUUCCUCGCAAAACAGCGUUGUCAUUAGCCAGUCUCUCUCUCCCUCUCCCUGUCUUAACAGACAAUUGCUGUAAUAAUAACCUAAACAAAAGCAACCCGCAAAUUGUUCUCUUUCAAUUUAAAAGAAAUGCCCACCUUCUCUCCCCACCCUCCCCCGCCGGAUAUCUGAUUACAAUUGUCGCUGGAAGUUGUUCCCUAUCCCGCGCGCCAGCUCCAUGGCCCACCACCACUCCCGUAGGGACUCCUUUUCCGGACCCCUUCGCGGCCCCACCGUCGACACCGACCUCGACUGGCCUUUCGGGAAGCUUGAUGGUAUCGACCGUGACGACGUCCGUGAGACGGCGUAUGAAAUCUUCUUCACGUCAUGCCGCUCCUCCCCGGGCUUCGGUGGUGGUCGCAAUGCCAUCACGUUUUACUCCCACCACGACAACAACAAUAACAAUAAUGGCGGUUCAGGGGAUGGAAGUAGUGGAGGGCCCGGGUCACCGGGUGGGCGGACGAAUUCGGUUGUGAUGACACCAACGAGCCGGAUAAAGCGGGCAUUGGGUCUGAAAAUGCUGAAGAGGUCGCCUUCGAGGAGAAUGUCGAGUAUCGGGUCGGGGAUAAACGGACAUGGAGGGUCCGCCCCCUCAUCACCGAAUUCGCACGGGUCCGGGUCGAGCCCUGGCUCGGGGUUUUCCACGGUCCCUCCACUAUUGAGGCCUAGAAGGCCGCUCACGUCGGCGGAGAUAAUGGGACAACAGAUGAGGGUGACGGAGCAGAGUGACAAUAGGUUGCGAAAAACGCUCAUGAGAACCCUCGUUGGCCAAAUGGGAAGAAGAGCAGAGACCGUAAUCCUUCCACUGGAGCUACUUCGCCACUUAAAACCAUCAGAAUUCAGUGACUCACAUGAGUACCAUUUAUGGCAGAAGCGUCAGCUCAAGAUUCUCGAAGCGGGUCUCCUCCUCCACCCAUCAAUCCCUCUAGACAAGUCCAACACAUACGCAAUGCGCCUGCGUGAAACAAUCCGAGCCAGCGAGACAAAACCAAUCGACACUGGCAAAAACUCGGACACAAUGAGAACACUCUGCAACAGUGUGGUCUCCUUGUCAUGGAGAAGUGCCAAUGGAACUCCCACUGAUGUGUGUCAUUGGGCUGAUGGGUUCCCUCUCAACAUCCACCUCUACGUUUCACUCCUUCAAUCGAUAUUUGAUAUCAGAGACGAAACAUUGGUUCUUGAUGAGGUUGAUGAGCUUUUGGAGCUAAUGAAGAAGACAUGGUCUACAUUGGGGAUCAAUAGGCCUAUCCACAAUUUGUGUUUCACUUGGGUUCUGUUUCAGCAAUAUGUUGUGACAGGGCAAACAGAGCCGGACCUUCUAUGUGCUGCUCAUGCCAUGUUGACUGAGGUGGCGAAUGAUGCGAAAAAGCCAGACCGAGAGGUUGUGUAUGUGAAGAUGUUGUCUUCUGCUUUGAAUUUGAUGCAUGGAUGGGCUGAGAAGAGGUUGUUUCACUAUCAUGACUAUUUUCAUCGGGGAAAUGCUGGCCUUGUUGAGAGCCUUCUUCCUUUGGUGUUAUCGGCUUCAAAGAUUUUAGGUGAAGAUGUUACAAUCACAGAAGGGAAAGGGAAAGAUAAAGGGGACACAAAGGUAGUGGAUUCAUCUGGGGAUCGUGUCGAUCACUAUGUAAGAUCUUCUGUCAAGAAUGCAUUUGCAAAGGUAAUCGAAAAUGAAAAUGCUAAAUGUGAAGCUGCAGAAGUGAAGGAAGAGGCAAGCGAAGCUUUACUUCAUUUAGCUAAAGAAACAGAAGAUUUGGCAUUGAAAGAAAGAGAAAGUUUCAGUCCUAUUUUGAAGAAAUGGCAUCCGAUUGCAGCUAGUGUAGCGGCAGUGACUCUGCACCAAUGUUACGGAGUGGUACUAAAACAUUAUCUAGCCGGGACUGCCACGCUCACCAAUGAGAUGGUUGGGGUGUUACAAAGGGCCGCAAAGCUAGAGAAAGUCUUGGUUCAAAUGGUUGUGGAGGACUCCGCUGAUUGUGAUGAUGGAGGCAAGUCAAUUGUGAGAGAAAUGGUUCCAUAUGAAGUUGAUUCUAUCAUAUUGAGGCUCUUGAGGCAAUGGAUUGAGGAGAGGUUGAAGACAUGGAUGGAAUAUCUUAAUAGAGCAAAAGAAUCCGAAACAUGGAAUCCGAAGUCCAAAACUGAGCCGUAUGCUUUGUCCGUUGUGGAGCUAAUAAAGCUCGCAAAGGAAGCUGUCGAUGAUUUCUUCCAAAUUCCAAUUGGAAUUACUGAGGAUUUGGUUCAUGAUCUUGCUGAUGCUUUAGAGAAUCUCUUCCACGAGUACACAUCCUUCGUUGCCUCAUGUGGAACAAAGCAGAGCUAUAUCCCAAUACUUCCCCCGCUAACUAGAUGCAACCGAGACUCAAAGUUCCUAAAGUUAUGGAAAAGAGCUAGCCCUUGCAGUGUUGGUGGAGUUGAAAUGCUUCCAAUUGGAGUCAACGAAGGUCACCACCCUCGGCCUUCAACAAGUCGUGGAACACAACGCCUCUACAUCCGCCUCAACACCUUGCAUUAUCUUCUUUCACACCUGCAUUCCCUUGACAAGACGCUCGCUCUCUCCCCAAAAAUCGCCACUUCAACGCGUCAUCGUUUUGGCAAUGGCCGUAGGAAACGUGCAAAUUCUUCUUCUUACUUUGAUUUUGCACAGUCAGCCAUUCUAUCUGCCUGUCAACAUGUAUCAGAAGUAGCUGCUUAUCGCCUCAUCUUCCUCGACUCAAAUUCUGUUUUCUAUGAAAGCCUAUAUGUUUAUGAUGUUGCAAAUUCCAGAGUUAGGCCUGCAUUGCGGACACUUAAGCAGAACCUCACUCUCUUGGCUGCAAUUGUCACAGACCGAGCCCAGGCAUUAGCAGUGAAAGAAGUGAUGAAGGCCUCCUACGAAGCCUACUUGAUGGUUUUACUUGCUGGAGGAUGCUCUAGAGUAUUUUAUCGAUCUGAUCACGAGAUGAUUGUUGAGGAUUUUGAAAGCUUGAAGAGGGUAUUCUGCUUGUGUGGAGAAGGACUUGUGCCUGAAGAUGUGGUGGACAGAGAGGCAGAGACAGUGGAAGGGGUGAUCACACUGAUGGGAGAAUGCACCGAGCAACUAAUGGAAGAUUUUAGCAUCGCAACUUGUGAAACCAGCGGAAUAGGAGUCGUCGUUGCAGGCCAAAAAUUACCAAUGCCUCCAACUACUGGAAGGUGGAAUAGAUCCGAUCCAAACACCAUAUUAAGGGUGCUGUGCUACCGGAAUGAUCGAGCAGCCAAUCAGUUCUUGAAGAGAACAUUCCAGUUAGCAAAGAGAAGAUGAAAGGGAGCAUAUUUGGGGAGGUUCAGAGAGAAUCACACUCUUUUUUUUUUCAAUUCUUUUGUAGCAUUCUGAUUACUUAUACAGUGCCUGGAGGUGGAAAGGCUUUACCAGCUAUGGACUCUAUGCAGAAGGAGAUGAGAGUUCAACGUGCGCGGUCCAUGAAGUCGAAAAGCUCCAAUGUUGAUAGCCAAGAAGAUGUUCAACUCCUACUGUAACUCACCUGUUCUAAAUUAUAUUUAGCAGGUCAUGCAAUUUGAUUUUUUGAAGUGAUUGCAGUCUGCUUCUAUUUACCAGAGAAGUUGAAAAACAAUUUGUUAACAGA